AGGUCCGAUGGAGGCGGACUCUGGUAUUCCGGGACCCAGUGAGCUGAGGUGAACCGAGCGCAGUGCUGAGGGGAGGUCCAUUGUGGCUCGGCACAAACACACGGGAGACCAGACGGGUUAGCGGGCUGAGGCUGAGGCCCAGUCUGGCUCAGGCGCUCACUGGUGCUCAGUGACACUAGUAAAGCGGGGAUGAGGCGGGCAGGCGCGGUGGCGGUGGCGGGGCUGAUCGCCGAGGGACAGGCGAAGCGACCCGCCCCCUGGAGCCCCGCCCGGAGGGGAGCGCCUUGUACCCCGCAGGUGUGUCUCCAGCUGCGGGCCCCGCCCGGUCCUGGUCCCUUGGCGUCGGGUCCGCACUCCCGCCUCCAAAGCCGCGCUCCGCUUGCCCCCUCCCCGGGGAUGGCGGUUACCGUGGCGGGAGCUGCGGCGGGAACCUGGUGGGCCAGAGGAGGGACCCGAGCUAACCAGCUCAUUAGAGUCCUUAGCCUCCAUCAGGGAGGGAGCUCAGAAAAUCUCUCAGAGCGUCAAGAUGCCUUCCACCCCAGACACCUGCAUCAUCGAGGACUUUAAGGUUGGAAAUCUACUCGGUAAAGGAUCAUUUGCUGGUGUCUACAGAGCUGAGUCCAUACACACUGGUUUGGAAGUUGCAAUCAAAAUGAUAGAUAAGAAAGCCAUGUACAAAGCUGGAAUGGUACAGAGAGUCCAAAAUGAGGUGAAAAUACAUUGCCAGUUGAAACACCCCUCUGUCUUGGAGCUCUAUAAUUACUUUGAAGAUAACAAUUAUGUCUACCUGGUAUUGGAAAUGUGCCACAAUGGAGAAAUGAACAGAUAUCUGAAGAACAGAAUGAAGCCUUUCUCAGAAAGGGAAGCUAGGCACUUCAUGCACCAGAUUAUCACAGGAAUGUUAUAUCUUCAUUCUCAUGGCAUAUUGCACCGGGACCUCACACUCUCUAACAUCUUACUUACGCGGAAUAUGAACAUAAAAAUUGCUGACUUUGGACUAGCAACGCAGUUGAAUAUGCCACAUGAAAAGCACUAUACACUCUGUGGGACUCCUAAUUAUAUUUCACCAGAAAUUGCAACUCGAAGUGCACAUGGACUUGAAUCUGAUAUUUGGUCAUUGGGCUGUAUGUUUUAUACGUUACUUAUUGGAAGACCACCUUUUGACACUGACACAGUCAAGAACACAUUGAACAAAGUAGUCCUGGCAGAUUAUGAAAUGCCAGCCUUUUUGUCACGAGAGGCCCAGGACCUUAUCCACCAGUUACUUCGUAGAAACCCUGCAGAUCGGUUAAGUCUGUCUUCUGUGUUGGACCAUCCUUUCAUGUCACGAAAUCCUUCACCAAAGAGUAAAGACGUAGGGACUGUAGAGGACUCAAUGGAUAGUGGGCAUGCUACACUUUCCACAACAAUUACAGCCUCUUCUGGUACCAGUUUGAGUGGCAGCCUACUUGACAGAAGACUUUUGGUUGGUCAACCACUUCCAAAUAAAAUUACUGUAUUUCAAAAAAAUAAAAAUUCAAGUGACUUUUCUUCAGGAGAUGGAAGUAAUUUUUGUACUCAAUGGGGAAAUCCAGAACAAGAAGCUAAUAGUAGGGGACGGGGGAGAGUGAUUGAAGAUGCAGAAGAGAGGCCGCAUUCUCGAUACCUGCGCAGAGCUCAUUCCUCUGAUAGAGCCAGCCCCUCUAAUCAGUCUCGAGCAAAAACAUACUCAGUAGAACGUUGUCACUCAGUAGAAAUGCUUUCAAAGCCUAGAAGAUCACUGGAUGAAAAUCAACACAGACCAGACACCUCAGAUGGAAAUGGUACAGCAGUGGUUUGGGAAUCUGCAAAUGAAUGCUCAUUUAGGAGAAACUAAUGAGCACCACACCGUUAGCCCAAACAGAGAUUUCCAGGACUAUCCAGAUUUGCAGGACACGUUACGAAACGCUUGGACUGACACGAGAGCCAGCAAGAAUGCUGAUACUUCUGCCAAUGUUCAUGCUGUAAAGCAGCUGAGUGCCAUGAAAUACAUGAGUGCACAUCACCAUAAGCCUGAGGUCAUGCCACAGGAGCCGGGCCUACAUCCUCAUUCUGAACAAAGCAAGAAUAGAAGUAUGGAGUCGACACUGGGUUACCAGAAACCUACCUUAAGAAGUAUUACAUCUCCUCUGAUUGCUCACAGAUUAAAGCCAAUCAGACAGAAAACCAAAAAGGCUGUGGUGAGCAUCCUUGAUUCAGAGGAGGUGUGUGUGGAGCUUCUGAGAGAGUGUGCGUCUGAAGGAUAUGUGAAAGAAGUGCUUCAGAUAUCGAGUGAUGGGACUAUGAUCACUGUUUAUUACCCGAACGAUGGAAGAGGCUUUCCUCUUGCUGACAGACCUCCCUUGCCUACUGACAACAUCAGUAGGUACAGCUUUGACAAUCUACCAGAAAAAUACUGGCGGAAAUAUCAGUAUGCUUCCAGAUUCAUUCAGCUAGUAAGAUCUAAAACUCCCAAAAUCACUUAUUUUACAAGAUAUGCUAAAUGUAUUUUGAUGGAAAAUUCUCCUGGUGCUGAUUUCGAAGUUUGGUUUUAUGAUGGAGCCAAAAUACAUAAAACUGAAAAUUUAAUUCACAUAAUUGAGAAAACAGGGAUAUCUUAUAAUUUAAAAAAUGAAAAUGAAGUUACCAGCCUGAAAGAGGAAGUAAAAGUAUAUAUGGACCAUGCUAAUGAGGGUCACCGUAUUUGCUUGUCACUGGAAUCUGUAAUCUCUGAGGAGGAAAAGAGAAGCAGGGGUUCUUCAUUCUUCCCUAUAAUCGUAGGAAGAAAACCUGGUAAUACUAGUUCACCUAAAGCCUUAUCAGCUCCUCCUGUGGACCCAAGCUGCUGUAAGGGAGAGCAGGCGUCAGCAAGCAGACUGAGCGUGAAUAGUGCCGCUUUCCCCACACAGUCCCCAGGACUCAGUCCUUCCACUGUGACAGUUGAAGGACUUGGCCACACAGCGACUGCCACAGGAACAGGCGUCUCUUCAAGUCUUCCUAAAUCUGCACAGCUUUUGAAAUCUGUUUUUGUGAAAAAUGUUGGUUGGGCUACACAGCUAACUAGCGGAGCUGUGUGGGUUCAGUUUAAUGAUGGGUCACAGUUGGUUGUCCAGGCAGGAGUAUCUUCCAUCAGUUACACAUCACCAGAUGGUCAGACAACUAGGUAUGGAGAAAAUGAAAAAUUACCUGAAUACAUCAAACAGAAAUUACAGUGUCUUUCUUCCAUCCUUCUGAUGUUUUCUAAUCCAACUCCUAAUUUUCAGUAAUUUAAGUCUCAGAAGUCUAUAUUUAAUAAAUGACUUUUUGGCUGGCUUUCAAGUAAGUGAUUUUUUAAAUUUACUUUAACUUCAGAAAGCCUUUCUAUUAAACAGAAUUUUAAUAUACACAAUAAAAAUAUAAUAAGAAAACAAUAAAAUUUCAGUUACCUAAUAUAGUGGUCAUAAGGCUAGGACAUCUAAUUUUGCUCCAAGCAUGUAAUCCUUCAAAGUUUGUGCUCCUAUGUUUGUAUUGAACUAAGUUGUGUAUGGCUUGUUUGUUUUUGUUAUUUUCUUUACUAAUAAGACAUUGAGAAUCACGGACAAAACAUAGUUUUCAAUUUUUGAAUGUGUAAAUAAUGUAUUAUAAGCAAUAUGUAAAUGUGUAUAUUUUAUAUUUAUUUUUAUAGCACUUGUGUCUGAUAAGAUUUCUGCAAAUACAUUUUAUAAAAUAAACACAGUGGUAAGUUUUCCUUAA